CCUCCCCCCACCUGGGUCCCCGCGUGUGGUGCGGUCGCUGGGAGCAGCCGGGGCUGCGGCGGAGGCGCCCGUGGCCGGGGUCGGGCGGCGGCGGCGGCGUUCGCAGAGCAGCAGCAGCGGCGGCAGCAGUAGCCCGAGCCGGAGCCGGAGCGGCGGCGGCUGUGACAGCACAAGAAGAUUACCAGCAAAGUUCUCUCUGAAGAGUCAUAAAGUAGACAGCUCAUGACUUCUGAUCAGGACACUAAAGUUGUGGCUGAACCGCAGGUGCAGCAAGUACAAGAAGUAAAAGACAGUUCUCAUCUAGAACCAGCCAAGGUUUCAGAGUUAAACCCUAAUGCAAAAGUAUGGGGAAAUCAUUUGUUACACUUGGAAGCAAGUGGUACCACUGAUGGAAAUGUGAGCAAAGCCUGGGAAGAAAUAGCAGACCACCCUCCAGAUGCCUGCAAAGAAGGAUUGGAUGCCAGCAGUAAUGGCGACACAUCAUAUCCUAAUGCAGUGUUAGCAGACCUGCAAGAGCCAGUUUCAUUGUCAGACCAAACAGAUAUGAACACUUUGGUCCUGGACCAUUCAGAAUAUGAGUCUAUGCCUGAAAACCCCCAGACAGAAGAAAGUGAAGAAGUCCCGGAAGACCCCCGAGAAGUACUUAAAAAAACACUGGAAUUCUGCUUAUCUCGAGAGAAUCUUGCAAGUGACAUGUAUCUCAUAUCACAGAUGGAUAGUGAUCAAUAUGUGCCAAUAACAACAGUAGCUAACCUUGACCAUAUCAAGAAACUCAGUACUGAUUUGGAUUUAAUUGUUGAAGUUCUUCGAUCAUUGCCUUUAGUCCAAGUGGAUGAGAAUGGAGAAAAAGUCAGGCCAAAUCAGAAUCGCUGCAUUGUUAUAUUGCGUGAAAUACCCGAAUCUACUCCUGUAGAAGAAGUAGAAGCACUCUUCACAGGAGAUAACUUGCCUAAGUUCGUCAAUUGUGAGUUUGCCUAUAAUGACAAUUGGUUUAUAACAUUUGAGUCGGAAGCUGAUGCACAACAGGCUUAUAGAUACCUGAGAGAAGAAGUGAAAAUUUUUCAAGGAAAACCAAUAAAGGCACGGAUAAAAGCAAAGGCUAUUGCUAUAAACACAUUUUUGCCAAAGAAUGGAUAUAGACCUCUGGACAUGAACCUCUACACACAACAGCGUUAUACAACAUCGUUUUAUUUACCUCCAGUAUACAGUCCCCAGCAACAGUUUCCAUUGUACAGCUUAAUUACUCCACAGACCUGGUCAGCUACGCAUAGUUAUCUUGAUCCUUCCUUGGUAACACCAUUUCCAAAUACUGGAUUUAUCAAUGGGUUUACAUCUCCCACCUUCAAACCUGCAGCAUCUCCCCUAACUUCACUCAGACAGUAUCCUCCUAGAAACAGGAAUCCUAGUAAAUCACAUCUGCGACAUACGCUGCCCACUGCAGAUAGAAGACCUGGACUAUUAGAAAGUCCUACAAUAUUUAAUUUCUCUGCUGACCACUUAAUUAAUGGUGUCCGGAGUCCACAAACAAGGCAACCAGGACAGAACAGAACACGGAUGCAAAACACUUCAACUUAUGCCAAGAGGGAUAUUGGAAUUGGACGAAUGGAGCAGAAUAAUCUUGAAUCCUCUUCAGUUUUAGGUAGAGGAAGGAAAAAUUCCUAUGGCUUUCGAAAAAAAAGAGAGGACAAGUUUACAAAUGAUAGACUCAACUCUGGAAGAGACCAUGGGAAAUCAUCUGAUUCAGCCCACUAUUUUCAGAGAAGUCAGACUCAGUCUCCAACACCACCAAAGCCUCCAUCUCCUAGCUUUGAAUUAGGCUUGUCUAGUUUUCCACCUUUACCUGGAGCUGCAGGCAAUUUGAAGACAGAGGAUUUAUUUGAGAACAGGUUGUCUAGCGUGGUAAUGGGAACAUCAAAAGAAAGACCCGUGAAUGUGGAUGCAAGUACAAACACUAUUCCUUCAGUAAUGCCUAGAGAGCCUUCAGUGUCAGGUUCUUCUGUUCUGUCAGCAGCGUAUGAACAGUCUCCUUCCCCAGUCCAGUUACCUGAAGAAUCCAAGAUUGUGGAAAACAAGCAGAGGGAAACGCACAGUGUGGAACGGCUUCCUUGUGCCCUUGCUCCCACUGCGUGUAGAUCGGUGCAAGUCAAUGGAGUUCCAGCAGAGUUGAGAAAACCCAGUUAUGCAGAAAUUUGCCAGAGAACAACUAAAGAGUUGCCACCACCUCCUCCUCUUUUACAAGCUCAGAAAGAACAGAAGCCAAACUCUGCUGUCUGUGGGAAAGAAGAGAAGAAGCCCACUGAGCCACCGUUGGAAAGAUGCCGAGAACCUCCUCCUUCAAAAUCAAAUCCAGGACACCCCAAAGACCAGAGGAGACAGUCAGGCCGCAGAUCCCCACUGUCAGCUCCUGGGAAGCGUUUGAAUAAGGAACAGAGCACACCUCCCAGAUCUCCCCAGUGA